UGUGCGGCCCUAGCCCGCGCCGCCGACGGCAAUGGGGCCGGGUGGCUGUGUGGCGCGGCGGCUCGGGACGCUGUUGUGGCGCAGAGCCCUGUUCCGGGUAGAGGCUGGAACCCGGCCCCGGCUUGGGCUGCUGGCUUUGGAACGGCUUCCUGCGGGACCAGCCUUCAGCUGGGCCUGCGUGACCCCCGGCCUUGUGCGUUACCGUGGCCUGCACAGCGGGCCCCGGCUGGAGGAGCAGGCGGAGGGGACGGCCGGCGAGGGACGCCCAGAGUUGAGCGCAGCAGAUCAUAUUGGUCUUAAGUUUGACAUCGAUAUGAUGGUUUCACUACUGAGGCAAGAGAAUGCAAGAGACAUUUGUGUGAUCAAGGUUCCUCCAGAAAUGAAAUACACAGAUUACUUUGUGAUUGGUAGUGGAACUUCAACCCGACACUUACAUGCCAUGGCCUACUACAUUGUGAAAAUGUACAAAUACCUGAAAUGUAAGAGUGAGCCUCAUGUUAAGAUUGAAGGGAAGGACACUGAUGACUGGCUAUGUGUGGAUUUUGGCAGCAUGGUGCUUCAUUUGAUGCUUCCAGAAACCAGAGAAAUCUAUGAAUUAGAGAAAUUAUGGACCCUGCGUUCUUACGAUGACCAGUUAGCUCAAAUACCACCUGAGACGUUACCUGAAGACUUCAUUCUUGGAAUAGAAGCUGACACCUCAUCUCUGACUCUGACUCCAGUGGAGUUCAAAUGUGAAUAAAAUUAUGUGAACUGCUUUAGUCAUUUCA